CAAGUAUCGAAAGAGAAAAGAAGAAGCUAGCGAAAGAACUCAAAGAAGUUUUUUUAAAAAAGUUAUAAGAGAUGGAGAAGAAGAAUGUGUUUCUGUUGUUUGUGAUCUUCUUAUUGGUGGGGUCAUCAUUGAUGUUUGAGAGAGUUGAUUGCAGAGCUCUACGAUCAAAGGCGUUGAGAGAUAUUAAAGGCCAUGAUCAAUCGUCGGUGAUCAUGAAGGUGAAGAACAACUCGACAAGUCAACGUCCUUUGGGGAAGAGCUUUGCUUACCGGUUAGCGUCUGGGCCGAGCAGAAGAGGGCGUGGUCACUGAUCAACAACUACCACCUUUGGUCGAUAAGUGUAAAUCGAAAGAUUUGUUUCAGCCCGUCGAAAAGAAAAGAAAAGAAAAGUAUUUUUCUUUCAGGCAAAUAACUAAUUAGUGUAUUGUUUCAUAGUUUUUAAUAUAGUCUUGAUUUGUGAGCUUUUUCUAUAUAAAUAGAAAUAUCCUUAUGGAAUGAGAGGGUUUGUAAUUAUUUACCA